AUGUCGUCCUUGAUCCCUCUCAUCAGCGACUUGCUUCCCAUGAUCAUCUCAUCCUCCUCGGUUCACAUCACAAAAGCAACAACGCUACGCGCGCCCGAUACAACUCCAGAACCAGGCCCCGCCAAAGAGGCCGAUGCCAUUGUCAGCAAAAGCGAUAAGCUCUGUGCUUCUGAUACCAUUAUUUACACAACCUCCGGCACCGGAGUUCUACUUGUCAGCCCGGGCGCGGCGCAAGAGGUCAAGCGACAUGAUAUGGAAGCCGGAGACUUCGCAUUCGUUCCGGCUUGGACGGAACACCAGCUGCUUAACGAAACAGAUCAAGAGAAUGCGUGGGUCAUCACCCGCAGCGGCUCGCAGCCGGUGGUAGUAGGCCUAACAGACUGGGGUGGUGACCGAGCCAAAUGA